AAGGAGGUUUCCGGAGAGACUCAUAUCGCUCAACCAUCCGCCAUGGCACCUGGUGUUAUCCUUGAUGUGGACCCAAGAAGUCUGGAGAACAACUCGUCCCACCGCACCAAAGAGAUCGAUUCAGGCCGCCUGAUUGUUCGCAGAGGUCAACCCUUCUCCAUCGUAGUGCACUGUUCCCACGAUCCGCUCCAGAAUCACACGCUCAAUCUGGUCCUGAGCCUCGGAACGAAGGAUGAGCUGGUGAUAUCUGUGGAGGAAGACAUGUGGGCCGAAGACAAGUGGUGGUUCCACCAGCAGGAGAUGCAGGACGGCAUCCUGGUGACGCUGCACAGUCCAGCAGAUGCCAUCAUUGGCAAGUACGGUCUGGAUGUGUUACUGACAUCCAGAGGACGAGUGGUAGAGAAAACCAAAAGACUCAACUUCCACCUGCUCUUCAACCCCUGGUGCAAAGGUGACGUGGUGUACCUGCCCGACGAGACUCUGCUGCAGGAGUACAUCAUGAACGAAAAUGGCGUCAUCUUCAUGGGAACUUCGGAUUUCAUUCGAAGCAUUCACUGGAACUACGGACAAUUUGAAGACUUUGUGAUGGACAUUUGCUUCGAGGUACUGGACAACUCCAACGAUGCUCUGAAAAACCUGGAGAGAGACUUGAAGAAGAGAUGUGACCCCGUCUACAUCAGCAGGACGAUCACAGCCAUGAUAAACUCAGCUGGAGACAAAGGGGUGUUGACCGGUCGGUGGGACAACAAAUACUCCGAUGGCGUUUCACCUUCUCGAUGGACGGGCAGUGUUCCCAUCUUGGAGCAGUGGAGCAAGAGUCGAUGCAGGGCGGUCAGAUACGGACAGUGCUGGGUGUUUGCUGCAGUCGCCUGCACAGUACUGCGCUGCCUGGGAAUCCCAACGCGCCUCAUCACCAACUUCGAUUCUGCUCACGACACGGAUGGAAAUCUGUCUGUCGACUAUGUGCAGAACUAUGGCAGCGGGAGGAUGGAAACCAAAGGAGACAGCACCUGGAACUUCCACUGUUGGGUCGAGUCCUGGAUGAAGAGACAAGAUCUCCCUGAGGGAAAUGACGGCUGGCAGGUUUUGGAUCCAACACCGCAGGAGCUUAGUGACGGAGUGUACUGCUGCGGUCCGUGUCCAGUGGCGGCCAUCAAAGAAGGGAAUCUAUCAAUGAAGUAUGACGCUCCGUUCGUGUUCGCCGAAGUGAACGCCGAUGUCACCUACUGGGUCGUGGGGCCAGAUGGCCGACGACGGAAGGCCAACGUGGACACCAUGACAAUCGGACGGAACAUCAGCACCAAAAGUGUCUACAGCGACAAGCGGGAGGACUUGACGCUACAUUAUAAAUAUCCGGAAGGCUCAGAAGCAGAGCGGAGUGUGUUCAGAAAGGCAGGUAGAGGGGUCACAGAACCGAGCCAGCCAGCCACUGAGAAGGCACUCCAGCUGUCCAUCAAACAUGGCAGUCCUGUGUUGGGGACCGACUUUGACUUGAUCAUUGAGGUGAAAAACCAAGGAGGAAAAUCCCGCACCGCUGAGCUGACCAUCCAGGUUCAGGGGGUUUCCUACAACCACGUCCACCGCGGGAACAUCCAAGAACACACCACCAGUGUGACUGUGCCCGCCUAUGAAGUGCACAAGGAGGCUCUGCGGCUGCGCUACGAGGACUACGCCAGAUGCUUAUCUGAGCACAGGCUGAUCCGGGUCAGGGCUUUGCUGGAGCCACACGGGGAGAACGAACCCACCAUGACAGUCACCAACAUCCCACUGAGCGUCCCUGAACUGCUUGUUCAGGUGCCGGGGAAGGCAGUGGUUAAUCGCCCAAUGAUGGCCUACAUCUCCUUCACCAACCCCCUACCAGUCCCACUAAGAGUAGGCGUGUUCACAUUGGAGGGGGCGGGGCUUCUGACUCAAACUCAGAUGAGGGUCAAAGGUGAAGUGGGUCCAGGGCAGAAGGUGGCCGCCAAGUUGUCCCUCACCCCCUUCAGGGCUGGCGUGAGGAAGCUGGUGGUGGACUUUGAUUCUGACCGACUGAUGGACGUGAAGGGAGUGGCCACUGUCUUUGUCCGCUAGAGAGAUGGAAUGAAUAUGGAGUGAAUGUGAGAGCAGGUUUAUGGAAUUGAACACGUCACUCAUGGAUGUUUAAGUCAGGCUCAUCACUGCUUUCACGAGUCACUCCCCUGUUUGCACUGGCUUUGUAAUAGCUCAUUUAUUUAUGCCUGAUAUUGGGAAUUUAGCAAGGAUCUAAGGUCCAGAGGCAUUGAAACAAAUUCAUUAUUUCAAUUAAAUGCUUUACACUUGAUAUGAUUGUAACACAUAUUUUUCCAUGUAAAUAUGUGAAAAAAACAACAAAAUUAAACACAUUUUUUUAAUAUAAUAACUUUUUUUUCCAAUCAUGACAUGGUUAUUUGUUUUUUAUGAGGGAAGAUAAAUCAGAUUGACUUGAAGAGAUAACUGCCUCUCAAAUAAGUGAACACAGUUUAGUGAAAUCUUGCCAGAGUUACCUUUUUUAAUCUAUUUCUUUUAGCAUUUAGCGCUGUUCAAUUUAAUGUGCUUUGUGGUCUAGCAAUAUAUUUCAUAAAUGUGAGUUCUCUUGAAUGUGAAAGACAGUAUUCCUGUAAUAAAACCUCAAGAUUCCAGCAGACAAUAUUUGGUUUGGUACUUUCUAGUGAAUAUGUAGCUGAAAAAGUAGAACCAGUAAAUAUUAAUAAAGAUUUUUUUUAUAUUAUGAAAUAAUGAGGAAGUGAAUAAUAUUUGGAGCUAGCUGGAAUUGCACAUAUAACCUCAU